AUGUCUUGGCCGCAGUCGAUUCUUCCUAUCCGGCGGCGGAGUAAAGCUGCCAAGAGCGCGAUCGUCAAAACGCCAAAGAUAACGCGUUGCGCGCACGAUCCCAAGAGGGGCAAUUCCAAUGUUGCAUCGCUCGCGUUGCUCGCAGACGGCGUGUCCAAGGGCAGAGAACGUGAUGCCCGCACGCACCAGCCUUUGCACGCCAAGAUUGUUGAGAAGCACUGCUUUUGGCUGGCAAUAACUAUGCUUGCCGCGUUGCCGACAGGUAUCACCACCCAGCAAUGUCAUGGGAAUAGGAAUAGGGGUGAGUGGAUCGCUUUCAAUAUCCUCGGAGUUCCACGACGUGGCGAGAAUCAUCACCGGCCCAGUGUCACACUGUCUAUUACAUACUCAUGUAUGUGA